GGCCGAGGCAGGCAGAUCCCUUGAGCCCAGCAGUGUAAGGUUCUUGUAUCGGUUCCAACCCCAAGAGCGCGUCCACAGACAACACGAGGAGGUGUGGAGCAAUAAGCUGUUUUAAGGAGCGCCUGGGUGCGCCUGGGUGCAGAAAGGCCGAGGCUUAAAAUGGCGUCAGCACCAAGUGAGGAUGGGGCAAAAGUUUUAUAGUCUCCUGUAAACAGGAAGUGUCCUAGUCUGACGUAAGUGCUACGUUGUACCCGGAUGGCCUCUUUCUCGAUCUUCAGGGGUACGUGUCUUCCAGCCGGCUCUCUUCCUGCUUCUGCUAUCUUGCUGGCGCACACUGCUGACACAAGUGGCCUUGCGCCUUGGGACUGGGCCUGAGAAGGAAGGGGUUACUCAUCCCCUUAAGCUUUCAGACCCUGGGGAGAAUCAUACAAGGAGUUUGAGACCACCCUGGGCAACAUAGCAAAACGCCAUCUCUAUUAAAAAAAGAAAAAAGAAAAAAGUUUAUAUAGUAAGGAUAAAAAGAAAAUAUUUUUGUACAGCUAUACAAUGUUUGUGUUUUAAGCUAAAUAUUACCACAAAAGUGUCAAAAAGGCUUAAAAUGUUAAAAAGUUUAUCAAGUUACAAAGUUACAGUAUGUUAAUGUUAAUUAUUGAAGAAAGAAAAGCAUUUUAAAAAAAUGUUGUGUACCCUAAGUGCACAGUGUGUAUAAAGUCUACAGUGGUGUACAGUAAUGUCCUAGGCCUUCACAUUCAUUCACCCUCCUCACUGACUCACCCAGAGCAACUUCCAGUCCUGCAAGCUCCAUUCAUGAUCACCUUCUAUGAGGACAGGGCCUUCCAGGGCCGCAGCUACGAAACCACCACUGACUGCCCCAACCUGCAGACGUAUUUCAGCCGCUGCAACUCCAUCCGGGUGGAGAGCGGCUGCUGGAUGCUCUAUGAGCGUCCCAACUACCAAGGUCAACAAUACUUGCUGCGGCGAGGGGAGUACCCCGACUACCAGCAAUGGAUGGGCCUCAGCGACUCCAUCCGCUCCUGUUGUCUCAUCCCCCAAACAGUCUCCCACAGGCUGCGGCUGUACGAGAGGGAAGACCACAAAGGCCUCAUGAUGGAGCUGAGUGAAGACUGCCCCAGCAUCCAGGACCGCUUCCACCUCAGCGAGAUCCGUUCCCUCCACGUGCUGGAGGGCUGCUGGGUCCUCUACGAGCUGCCCAACUACCGGGGGCGGCAGUACCUGCUGAGGCCCCAAGAGUACAGGCGGUGCCAGGACUGGGGAGCCAUGGAUGCUAAGGCAGGCUCUUUGCGGAGAGUGGUGGAUUUGUAUUAAAAUAGCUUAACACUACCAAUUUCCCAUUUUGGAACCUAAUAAAUAUUUAGU